AUGGGCAAAGUUAAGAAGAAGGGUACCUCUGGCGCAGCCAAGAACUACAUUACCAGAACUCAGGCCGUGCGCAAACUUCAGAUCUCUUUGCCUGAUUUCCGCCGACUAUGCAUCUUCAAGGGUAUCUAUCCUCGCGAGCCCCGUAGUAAGAAGAAGGCCUCUAAGACGUCUACGCCCAACACCACCUUCUAUUACACCAAGGACAUUCAGUAUUUGCUACACGAGCCCCUGCUCAACAAGUUCCGUGAUCAGAAGUCACUCGCAAAGAAGAUUGCUCGCUCUCUCGGCCGUGGAGAAGUCAGCGAUGCCUCCCGUUUAGAAAAGAACAACGCCCCGAGACUCACCUUGGACCAUGUCAUUAAAGAGCGCUACCCGACCUUUAUCGAUGCCCUCCGUGAUCUUGACGACGCUCUGUCUCUUCUCUUCCUCUUCGCUACCCUUCCCUCCACAGACCAUGUUCCUUCUAAGACUGUUGCGCUCUGCCAGCGCCUUUGCCACGAGUUCCAGCACUACCUGAUCAUGACCAACUCUCUGCGAAGAUCCUUCCUUUCCAUUAAGGGUAUCUACUACCAGGCCACCAUUCAGGGCCAAGACAUUAUGUGGCUCGUGCCUUACCGUUUCGUACAGCGUGUCAAUGGCGACGUCGAUUACCGUAUCAUGGCUACCUUUGUCGAGUUUUACACCACCCUGCUGGGCUUUGUCAACUUCCGCCUGUACUCUUCGAUUGGAUUGAGAUACCCCCCUAAGUUCGAUACCCGCAGCGACGAGAACGGUGCCGAGUUGGCGGCUUUCACUCUGGAGGGCCGGACAGUUGGUGAGGUGCCCAAGGCUCUCGAGGCUAGCAAGGCUCAGAGCAACGGCAACUCCAAUAAGGAAGUCUCCAAGGAACUUCAAGCCAAGGUUGAUAAGGUGAUCAAGAAGGCCAAUUUGGACCAGAGCACGGACGAGGAGAUGGUCGACACUACGCCCGAUGAGGCAACCGAUGCCUUCGACCGCUUCGAGCCCGCUGCUCCUGAAGCCGACACCCUUCCCCAGCCCGGAAUGAGCGGCAAUGAGGCCGGUGCACUAUUCGCCCCCUUCGUCUUCUACGUUUCCCGUGAAGCGCCCAAGGCUCCCCUCGAGUUCAUUCUGCGCUCAUUCGGCUGCAAGCGCGUUGGAUGGGCCUCCGUACUGGGUGAUGGAGCCUUCACUCACGACGAGACCGACCCCCGCAUCACUCACCAAAUUGUCGAUCGUCCUCAACUUCCUCAGGAGUCUCUUCCCGCCAUUCCCGCUGCCGAUGAGAACGCCGUCCAGAAGGUCCAGCCUGGAAGCCGCAUCCCUGGUCGUACCUACAUCCAGCCCCAGUGGGUCUGGGACUGCAUUAACGAGGGAAAGCUCCUCCGAGCUGAUCUCUACGCACCUGGUGCCACUCUUCCACCCCACUUGAGCCCUUGGGUCAAGGCUGCUCGCGGCGCUUACGACCCCCGCGCCACCCUCGCCGAUCAGGAGGAGGAAGAUGAAGCCGAGAUUGCCGCCGAGGCCUCUGACAGUGACGAGGAGAUGGAGGACGAGCCCGCGGCUGAGGCCAAGGCUGCUACUGCUGAGGAGUCCGAGGAAGAAUCCGUCGACGGAGGCAUGGAUGUCGCCGGCACCGACGACGAGAGCGAUGAGGAGUCCGAGGAGGAAGUCGAAGACUUCGGUGGCUUUGAGGAGGAAGCCGCAUCCGAGUCCGAAGAUGACGACGAGGCUGCUCGUACUCAGCACCAAAAGGAGCUCGAGGCCGAAGCUGCUGGUCUGCCUUUCACCUCUAACCCCACCGCCGAAGAAGCUGCCAAGAAGAGAUCCUCCAAGUCCAAGAAGGUUGCCGCCAAGAAGCGCUCCGAGGACGAGGAGCUCGAGAGACAGAAGAUGAUGAUGAGCCGGAAGAAGCGCAAGCUGCUUGAGAAGAUGAUGUACUCGAACAAGAAGACCGCUGAUGAGUCCGCCAAGCUCCGCUCCAAGAGACGCAAGCUUGAGAAGGGCGAGAAGGGUGAGAAGGGCGAAAAGAAGUAA